UUCGGAGCGAAAUGGUUAACUAUAAUAGUUAACUAUCAACAGGCAGUCCGAGAGAGGUUAGCAUAGCCAGCAGACUGAUACCAAGUAACUGGAGAAUACGCGUUAUUGGCCGUGUUUGCUAAUUAGUCAUUAGUGCUAGAAAACUAACACAGGCGACUAGUACAAGCAGAAUGAAGACUGUAGAUAGAAACGUGGUGCGUCUGGCAAUUGUGCAGCAUCUCCGCGCGACCUAUGGCAUCAAGACUAAGAACUGGAACAAAUGCAAAAACAAGGCAACAACGAACAGCUCGCUGAAGGUUUUUGGGGUAGCUUUAGACAGUCUGCCACAUUGCCAUAUUCUAGACUUUGGAGACAUACCAUGCUUUGUAGUGGAUGCCUCUACAUUUCUUAUGGCUCAUUUGGACACUGAGGGAUUGUUUAGAAAAUCAGGUUCCGUUGUUCGAGUGAAGGCGCUUAAGGCUAAGUUGGAUCAGGCAGAGGAGUGUAUGUCCACUGCUUUGCCGUCAGACAUAGCCGGGCUCCUGAAGCAGUUCUUUCGGGAGCUACCUGAGCCAGUGCUGCCCACAGACCUGCAGAGUGCUUUUCUAAAAGCCCAGGAACUGUCCACCACAGAGGAGAGGACUUCAGCCACCAUGCUUCUGUCCUGUGUACUGCCUAACGUAAAUGUUACCACGCUGCACUACUUCUGUAGCUUUCUGAAGAGUGUUUCACAGAGAUCUGCUGAAAACAAGAUGGACAGUAGCAACCUUUCCGUCAUCUUUGCUCCAAACCUCUUUCACUGUGGAGAUGGAACAGAGAAAGUAAAUGCCAGCACCGAGAAGAAAUUAAAGCUUCAAGCUGCUGUUGUGCAGUGCCUCAUCGAUAACUCUGAGCAUCUAGGCAAGGCACCUGACUUUAUCCUGGCUAAAGUUCCAGCCAUGCUGGGUUGUGACGUCAGAGUAUUUUCUCCUUCAGAUGCUCUGGAGGAGGGAAGCACACCAUCAGGGGUAAAGCGAUGCAGACGCAGUUUAGGAGAUAUGGUAAAUGGAGCUCUGACUAAAUUAAAAACUAGUAGAACCCCUACAAAUACACUUCAGACUGAUGGAACAGUCAUUUCCAGUGGCACUCCUGUUGUGACCCCUAAGCGCAAGCUGCCCAUUGAGUCUGAGCAGAGUUACGGGUUCUCCACCAAGAAGCGCAGAUCUAUCAAAAAGAACCUCGGGCUGGAACUUCUACCAAAUGCUUUGUUUGGAGGGGCGUCUACACCUGGAUCAGUGCACAGUGCCUCAGGGACUUUGGAGUCAGGUCAGAAUGCCCCUUCUUCAGUGGGCAGAAGUAGCCGUCUGACUGCCAGCUCUGCAAGGAGAAAGAGCAAACGACUGAUACAUAUCAACAGAGUUGAAUCAGGGAAGGCAGGAUGUUUCUCCCCUAGAGUGAGUAAAAAAGAGGCAAUGAGAAAAUCCCUGCGUCUGCGCUUUAGCAUUGGAAAAAGCAGCCGCGAUUGUAGUGUCAAUUCACAUAGUCAACCGGAGCCAAAGGGGUCAGAGGUCAUUGGCUGGCGCUUAGCAACACAAGAGAGCAUCAGAAGUUUUCACUUCACAAAAGAUACCCCGUUUAGUCCAGCUGUUUUGAAAAGCUCUGCUUCAAAAGGUGCCAUUAGUAAAUCUGAAGACAACCUUUUGACCCCACAUGAUGCCAAGAAGCCUGGGACCUCCUGGAGAGAACACACACCAGAUGGAACUCAUGCCUUUACAGAAAACUCUCUCUUAGAGACGCCUAUGAAGGCGUGCCUUAGCUACCGCUCAGAACCCACUAUAGUAAUCAGUAAACCACCUAUAGCUGGAAGCCUUCCAAAGAGCCUUUGUUGUGCUACAAGUUCUGAGAGUUUAGCCAGUUCAGAGUCUUUUAAUGAAGAAUCUUCUCAGGUGGCUUCUACUCCUCUAAAAAUUAGAGGAGCUUUUGAUGAAUCUGACCGUGUUUGUCACACUGCUGAUACAAAUAACAGUGGAAAACUUACGGAACAAACAGAAGCAGCUACUAGUUCUUCUAAUCACUCUGAUUUCUCAAAUAACUUAGAUGAACCAAAGGACUCGGUUCAGACUCCACUAAAAAUCUUGGUGAAUGAUCAUGAUGCCACCUGUGAACACAUCAGGCUUGUCCCCCUGUCUCCCUUGCACAUAGACAGCACUCUGUUUGAACACACAAUGAAUACCUCCAAGAGCUCUCCCAAUGCUGAAAGUAAAAUUGGUUCCUCAUUUCCGGAAGGCUCAAAAGGUUCUGUAAACUGCAGCCGCCUGAUCGACGCUCUAGACAUCCAAAGCCCUGUAGCCUUCCGACUGAACAGCUCAAUUACAAUUCAGUCCACACCAUAUGCAGGACUAGAGCAAACUGGGAAACUGAACACCUCACAACCUGAAGAGUUCAAACAACCCGAGUCAGCAAAAAAGUCAGCACGGUCUAAAAGUCGGCAGGGAGACCUUCUCGGUCCUAAAGAACCACCCCGAAUAAGGGUAGCUGACCAAGUCCAGCGUUUCAACAAGCUCACACUCGAAUCACCCAAGGGCAGAGUGAUCCGAGCUCCUUUGAAGUUUCAACGGACACCCGUGCGCCAAUCGGUCAGGAGGUUUAACUCUUUGGAAAAGAGGAAAGAUGCCAGGUCGGGCUGGUGUGCUACCAGUCAAAGUACGAUAAAAGCAGCGAGUUUGGAAAGUGGCCAUUUUGGUGAAGCACAGCAGCAUUGUCCAGCUUAUGAGGAUUCAAAUGAUAAAGCAAGCUGUUCAAACACAAAGCAGGAAACGUCUGCACAAAAGUCAGCCAACACGGUUAGGCUUUGUGCCCUGGGUGAUGUUACCAAUACAGUGACCCCUAAGGCAAAGGGUGAUGGAACAUCGGCACCUAAAGGUAUUAUGUCCGAAUUUGCCAAGACUGUACAUCAAACAGCUGAGAAAGCAUAUCGAGGCUCACCCUGGAACCCUCUAACACAGGGUAAACUGCUUUCAGCUAUGAAACCCAUAGAUCUUUGAAGGAAGUGAAAUUAAAAUGUAAAAUGUGUGUUUAUGCAGGUUUACAGCUGACAUUGUUUUAUAAUUUUAUAUUUUAACUGCAUAAUAAGUCUUUUAUCUGGGGUCUUAAUUUAUUUUAUGAUAGAUUAUGUAUCCAGUCCUAACAUUGGAACAUUGGUUAUGCUUUGAGCCUUCAAAAUGUGAACAAUACAGCGAGACCAAACUUGUUUAGGCUUUAAAAAAAGAAAAACAAAAUUUAUUUUAUUUUUUAUCUUAAUGUUAGUCUUAAUGUCAAGCUUGAUGGACUCAGUGACCAUUUCCUAAUGCAGCAGACGUUCUGUGUAAUGUGCUGUUCUAGAACGUAAGAAAUGUAAUGUGUACGAGGAACUUGUAGGUGGUGAGAUGGGAAAGGGGCUAAAUCACAUUGAUCUUCAGCCAGUGAAAGUGUAAAGAAGGAUUUAUCUCGGUUUGCUUUCUGUUUUAAGGGUGAAAAAGUAGGUGUGUGAAAUAGAUGAAGGGAUUUUGGUUAUUGGUCUUUUAUUUAUUUCUUUUUAUUCAAGUGUAAUGGUUUGUCCUGAAGACUGCUCUUUAAAUCGAACUUGGAAAAUACUGUACAUGAGACGGCUAUGUAAGAAUAAAACAGUAUUACAGUGGAA